AUGCUGCUCCUGUAUGCUUUAGACGUGAUAGCCUCGCCAGAGGAGGAGACUUGGAGACUAUGUCCAUGCCUCCCAGGAAAACUGCACGGCUACGUCAAUAAAGCGAGAGUUGCAAAGCCACACUCACCAAAACAGACUACGAACCUACCAAAUAGCACAGAGGAUAAGGAUACUCACUCAAGAAGUCGGGAUGUUACAACCAAGGAACCUCCGGCUGGUUACUCCCGAUUGGAUCU